CCAUGUGUGAUUGGGAAAAAUUCUAGAUGCUUCAUUCCAGAUAUGGCUACAUAUAUAUUCUCUUGUUACAUGGGCUGUUGAGCCCUUUUACACACACAAAACACAGCCCAACGGUAUCAUGAGUUCCCUAUAAUAUUUGUCACGUUUAAAUAUAUAAAGCAAGAGGCCCAUAACUAUAACGGCAAUAUGAAUUUGUGUUCUACAUGGCAACUGUGCUACUAUAUCUUGAUCACUAUAUAAAAUAAAUAGAUGACAUUUAAAUAUAAUGUGUAGUUAUAGCAUCCAUUGUGCAUCUUCUGGCCCAAGAGCAGAACAUACUAAUCACCAUGCCAAAACAAAACUAUCAAUUAAGCAAUAUGUUCAAAACCAACAUAAUGGCGUGCUAAAUAAGCACAAUUGAAUCAAUGUUAGUAUGGCCUUUAAUACAAUCAUAUUGAUCAGGACGAAUGCCAAACAUCAAUAAAUAUAGCUACUUAAAGAGAUUGCGGUUUUUGGAAGUGCCACUACCGCUUGCAAACUAACUACCGCUCGGGAUACUUUUUGAAGCAGCCGAGCAGAAAGCAGUAGGUAUUUAAAUAGGAAGCAGCUCUGGAGCUUCAAGUACCCACUACUGCAAGCGUAGUACAGCUUGAGAAAUUGGGUUAUCCUCUUGUGCAACUACCAACAGAUUAGGUCUACCUAUUUCUUUUUUACAAAUAAAAAAGAUUCCAAGUUUUGGUCUUUUCGUUGUUUAUACAUUGUGGAUUUGCAGAUGGUAAUCAUCGGGUACUUUUUAUUUCAGUGUCAAAUUUAAGACAUUAUGCUACUAACAGAAUAACAGAGUAGGAAGUUUCAAGUAAUGUCCUGAUGUAAGAUAGUUCAUGGAUUUGUUUUCCUAUAGCAUCAUAAACCUUUUCCGUGAGGUGGAUAUCGUAAAUCAUUGCUCAGGGUACACCAUGCAAUAAACUUGGCAACUAGAUGUAGAUAAAAAGCACUACAAUGUACUUAAUACUAAUUUUGAUUUGUUGUUAUGUGUCCCACAAUUUUUUUUGUUCAUAUUCAGGUAUUGAAUUAUUUCUUGUAUCUAUUAGAAUGCCUUUUCUCAUUGAAUUUUCUGUAAAAAGGACUUCACCUGAAAUUGUGAUAGCUAUGUGGGUGUUUAGUUUCCUCCUUAUUUGUUUUAAAAUAGACCACACUAGGGGAAUUUCCUAAUUUUUAUUCUGACAUAUUUAUGUUUGUUAACAGAAAGAGCUGCCCUUAGUUUAAAAUUGUUGCCGGUUUUCGCAUCCAUGCACUUUUAUAACGUUGCAAUUUCCUGUUUGGCUCCCAUUUAUCCUAGCUGUUUAUGCAAGUGUUUUCACUCUGCAGUUUGCCACCCACCAUAGUUAUUCUGGAGGUUCCCAUGAAAAAUACUACGGAUUACUUGCCACAAUGGAUGUGUAUGGCCUUGAGCUAAAACACGGCCAGUGGAGUUCAACUUCAGUUUGGGUUACUCAUAAUGGAGAUGGUUCGAAAUCAAGCUAUAAUUCGGUUAUUGUUGGAUGGCAUAUUUACCCAGAACUGUAUGGAGACUCUCGUCCUCGCUUCCAUACUUAUUGGACGAGAGAUGGAUAUCAAGCAACUGGGUGCUUCAACAUGGACUGUCCUGGUUUCAUAGCAGCGGACGGUGCUAUGGUAGCGCCGGGUGCUGUUAUAAGCCCAGUUUCUGAUGCUAAGAAUGGACACCUACAGAAUAUCACACUCAAAGUGUUUAAGGACAAGACAAGUGGGGACUGGUGGAUUUACUACGGUUUCAACAGUGUACCCACGGCGGUUGGCUAUUACCCAAAGUCACUAUUCACGUCCAUGGCAGAAAAUGCAAACCAAAUCAAAUUUGGUGCCUUCGCGGCCUCUGCCAGGACGCUCCCAUCUCCUCCAAUAGGAAACGGUGUCCUCCCGUAUAGCGGCCAGGGCCGUGCAGCAUCUUUCACCAACUUGAGCCUCGUUGAUCAGGACGGAAGGAACAAUCCCAUCAUGGAUGACUUACCCACAGUUGUGAGCAAUAGCCAAUGUUACUCAGUUACUCCUAUUGCUUAUGCUUCGUUCUUUUAUGGUGGGCCUGGAAGUUGCAUCUAAUAAUGUCAUCGUGAACUUCAUCUCCCCGAAAAUUGUUGCAUGCCUAUUGCCUAAUAAGACCAUAUGGACGUAAAAAAAAGAAGGUAUGAACUUGUUGAACAUGAUCAUCAGGAUUUACAAAUGAGCAUUAGUGGGGCUCUUGCAAUGGUUCAUGCACCUCUGUCCUUACACAAGCCCACGGGGUUCAGCGCUCUUUGAAGAUCUACUGAAAGUUCUCUUUGUGCGCAUAACAAGCGUUGCUUCGUUAAAUUUUGCGGGCUGCAUAUACCUCCUCAUCGUGUUGGCCCCUGGGAAUGAA